CUGCGGCCCGGGCCGCGCGCCCCCAUUGGCUCGCGGCGCCCGGGGGAUUCUGCGGCGAGACGGCAGAGGCCGUGCGGGGGGGCGGGGCGGGGCGGGGCAAGAGGCGGUGGGAUUGGCAGGUCCGGAGCUCCGCCCCUUCCGCUUCUCAGGCCUGACCUUCCGGCAGCCGGCUCGCACGCUGAGCCGACCUUGACGGGUCUUCGCGAUUCGGCCCGACGCGCCCCCUCUCGCGACAUCAUGGUGGCGUACUGGCGACAAGCUGGACUCAGCUACAUCCGAUACUCCCAGAUCUGUGCAAAAGCAGUGAGGGAUGCACUGAAGACGGAAUUCAAAGCAAACACCGAGAAGACUUCUGGCAGCAGCGUAAAAAUUGUGAAAGUGAAAAAGGAAUAAUCUACCCUGACUACAGCUUGAAAUGCUGCAUGUUCAUGGUGAAGAUGUGUGGGCACGUGUUAUGGCAGAUUGAAAACGCUCCCCCUUCGUGGAAAAAAAAAAAAAACCUAUCUUGUUCAUAGAUGGACAAUGCCAAUAAAUUAAAGUACAGUUCACUCUU